GCUUCUUUCACUCUUGGUGUUUCCUCAUGUACACUUCAUUGCUGGUAUCGCAAAGGCUCCAUCACCUCUUCUUCCACCUCCUCUAUGCCAAAAAGUUAUGUCUACGCACAAGUUUCAAGUUCAAAGUAGUGUUAUGAAUUAG